GAAUAAUAUGCAUUCCUGAAAAGGAUGCGAAACGUCAAUAAUGAAUAAAUUCAGUUCAGUGCAUAUAACCCGUAAAAACUUUUAUUUAAUGAGUGAUUUUGUUACUUCAAUACCUCAUCGGGAUAUGGCCACUGAAGGAGCAAUCAAACAUUUCUAGUAUGUUAAUUACGAAGUUGUUUUAAGUAAAAUGUAGGUUCAUUACAAGUACAGCCGUAAUAGAAAUCUAUUGUCUAGGUUUGUAAUAAGCACGGAGUUUGUGUGUAGCUACGAGAUGAUCCCGUUUACGCACAAUUCAGUGCCCACAAACAAUGGUACUGCCAGAAUGUCGCGGCCCAGGCGCCUCUGUUGACAACUGACACCUGAGUGGUGAAUGAUCCUCCAGCAAUAUAUAAAGUCCUCGAACCAUGCCAACGACAUCAUUCGCUCUGGUUUCUUCCCGGAGCACAGUGCGCUCCUGAGUUGAGCCCGUUAAACAGUGUUUACGUAUAGCAUCUACGCCAAGAUGUCCAUGGUCCGAAGAUCUAGUAUGGACAGGAUGUCCUCCAGCAUGACUUCAAGUAUGACUGGGAUGGGUCUUGGUGGUAUAACAGGACUGACAUCAGGGAUGAGUACACUGAGCUGCAUGAGAGAACAGCAGAUGACCAUCGGUGGGAUGCCUUCGAAUUAUGUUCCGGGCCUGUCUGCUUAUUACAACAUCUCGAGUUUUUGCCAGCGUCCAGGACAGAGUCGCCGUUGGCCGAUGCAGCGUGCAGGACCUACGGCACAACAUCGCCCAGGCCGCUCGCACAGCACAGGCGCUCUUCAUCGCAUGAAGCAUUCGACAAGGAACAGUCCUAAUACACAAUACACCCAUAAUAUGAUUUGCAAAAUGGCAGAUCAAAAUGAACGUCGUCGUCGUCAGGACACCUUGGAAAUGAUACCUCAGAGCUACUACUCUCAACAACCUUUGAAAGUUGAGCUCACCGAAUUUUACUCUCGUGACAAUUCGAAGGAUCAUCAUACCGAGCAAUAUGAUUUGGUAAACGAUAAUGUUUUACCUAAUCCUGUUUUGAGAAGAGGUCAGAACUUCUUCUUUGCUGUGCGCUUUGAUCGUACUUACGAUAAGCAACAGGAUAUGAUUCGCAUCGUGUUCUGUUUCGGUCCUAAGCCGAGUGUUACAAAAGGCACUCGGGUAGUGUUACCUGUAAACUGGAGCAAUCAGCAGGGUGUCUUCCAACAUUCUCGUGAUAUGAUGGGGAUGGGUAUGGGAAUGGGCAUGGGCAUGGGUAUGGGAAUGUCGCGUAUGCAAGACAAUAGCACUAAUAUGGGAAACAUGAGUACCAUGGGCACUAUGGGAACUAUGGGUACCAUGAGCUCGAUGGGACCAAUGAGUGGAAUGAGGGAAACUACUACUUAUGGUGCCCGUCGCAGUUCCUUUAGUAAUGAACCCUUGCCUUUACAACAUAGUCCCCUUAGCCCUCACGGGCCCAUGGAUAGACCAACCAUGGUGGAUCGCUAUGGCGGUACAACUCAGCACUCGUCAUUUGGUCGUGGUUAUGGCUCACGACAUGGUUCACGACAUGGAUCCAUGCAGAAUUUAGCGUCUCUUGCACAUGAUAUGGACCGUUGGGAUAUAAGUAUUCAACGACAGGACGGAAACACAAUAACUUUCCAAGUGCAUGUACCAGCUACUGCUCCUGUCGGUGUCUGGAACUGUUGGGUGCAGACUAACCGCUUCGGCCAACGAGACAAUCGCCAGGACUAUAAAUGUGAUGAGGAUGUUUACAUUCUGUUCAAUCCCUGGUGCAGAGAGGACCCUGUUUACAUGGAUAAUGAGUCAUCUCGGAAGGAAUAUGUGCUCAAUGAGCAAGGGAAGAUCUGGUGUGGAACUUGGCGUCAACCCAAAGGACGUAAAUGGAUCUAUGGACAGUUCGACGAUGUGGUUCUGCCUGCCUGCAUGUAUCUAUUGGAACGUAGUGGCCUAGAGCACUCUGAACGCGGUAAUCCGAUUCGGGUCUGCAGAGCUAUUUCGUCCAUGAUUAAUUCAAACCAUGACGAUGAUGGCUUAAUGGUUGGUCGCUACGACGGCGAGUAUAAAGACGGUGUAGCUCCACAUGCCUGGACAGGUUCCGUCGCCAUUCUGGAGAGGUACCUGACCGAAGGCGGCAGACCUGUUGAAUAUGGGCAGUGUUGGGUAUUUUCAGGGCUCGUAGUCACGAUCUGCAGAGCUUUGGGUAUUCCAUGCAGAUCGGUUACCAAUUACGUAUCUGCGCAUGAUACCAACAGAACAUUCACCGUUGAUAAAUACUUCGAUAGAGAUGGUAACGAAGUGCCAAAUGGACCUGAUGAAGACUGCUACGACUCUUGCUGGAAUUUCCAUGUUUGGAACGAUGUCUGGAUGCAGAGGCCAGAUUUACCUCAAGGUUACAGCGGCUGGCAGAUUAUCGAUUCCACACCACAGGAAGAAGCUGAAGCCGUAUAUCAUUGCGGUCCUGCUAGUGUAGAGGCUGUGCGAAGAGGGGAAGUAGGCUUCCAAUACGAUACACCCUUCAUGUAUUGCCAAUUGAACGCCGAGUUAUGCCACUUCCAAGAAGAAGAAAACUCGGAAUGGGGCUUCAUUAGAAUGGCUUCGAAUCAGUAUCAAGUUGGCCGCAAAAUCCUCACCAAAAAUCCUAAUCGCGAUGACGAUGAAGGGGAAAGUGAUAUGUUGGAAAUCACUCAUGAAUACAAAACCGUGGACAGCUCUUCUCCUGAGCGUUUAGCUGUCAUCGCCUCAUGCCGUGGAUACCAACGCCUGCAGCAAUAUUACGAAUAUCCUGACCGCAACUUUGAAGAUGUUUAUUUCGACCUUAUGGAUAUAGACCUCGUGCCUUAUGGCCAGCCUUUUGAUUGCACGAUGAAUAUACAGAACAAGUCGCAUGAAGAUCGUACCAUCUGGUGUGUAUUGACAGCAUCUUCAUGCUAUUACACUGGCGCGAUCGCUUCUCGCCUACGAAGGGCGCAGGGCGAAUUCAUAGUCAGAGCAGGACAGCGAGAAGUUCUCAAAUUACACGUCACUCCUCAAGAGUACAUGGAUAAGCUAGUGGAUCAUGCCAUGAUAAAGGUGCACGCUAUGGCUUAUGUGAAGCAAACUCGUCAGGCUUGGUCAGAUGAGGACGAUUUCCCAUUGCACAAACCAAGGAUGCAAGUGCAGGUCAGGAGUCAACCUUGUGUCGGCCAAGAGUGCGCUGUGACAUUUAGCUUCCAGAACCCGCUAAGCGUGCAUCUGACUGAUUGCUACUUCACCUUCGAAGGUCCCGGAGUGCAGAGGCCGCGCCAGAUAAGGUUCCGGGAUGUGAAGCCAGGUGAGUUCGUGAACUACCAGGAUAAAUUCGUGCCUCGGCGGCACGGCGAGAAGCGCAUCGUGGUGACUUUCUCAUCACGCCAGCUCGACGAGAUCUUCGGUUGCACUAUGGUGAAUGUGCGUGGCUAGCUAGCCCCCGGGCCCCGGGCGCCAUCCCCGCGCGCCUCUCCGGGGCCUACCUCACCGCCUGCACUGCAAAUGGACCGCUCCUACGUGUCAUAUGUGGCGCCCGAACAACAUGUGUAUGUUCAAGAAGAGGAAGUUGUCGUCCUAAAGUCUAUUUAACAGACUGUUGUGACAACACGAGCGCUUCCUUACGAAGUAUUGCAAUGAGGGUCCAUUUUGUUAAACGUGCAAAUAUUUAUUUUAGUUUAAUAACUCUUUAUCUUGAUCUUACAACGGCGACUCGGCAUGGAAAAUAUUUAUUCAAUAUUGUUUUCGGAGUGAAUAGACACAUAAGCACGAAUCAAUUUAAAAAAAAACAAAAAAAAGUUAACACAUUUUGUCUCACAGAGUGAUUUCUUAGCGUACCUAAUGAAUGUAUUUAAUCAAUUUUGCUAAUUUUAAGGAUGAAACCGAUGCUUCAAGUGCCAUUUUAAUUAAAUUUAAGUUAAUAAGUUAUUAUAGUGUAAGGAAUAAUCGAAUUGUUUGUUACUUUUAAGUACCUAUAUCGUAUAAAUUUUUUAUCAUACUAUUUAAAAUGCGUCGUACAAAAACAUGUGUCUAACUAUAUUUUAUGAAUUAAAUGCACUGUUUGUUUGUGUGUUUUUGGGAUCUCAAAAAUAAUAAAGCAUUCAAUGC